AUGAAAGAGCAGAUCGAAAAACCAAGAAAUUAUCAAGCAUUUGUCGCAGGAAUAUUUUCAGGUAUCACUAAAUUAAGUGUCGGUCACCCCUUUGAUACUAUUAAAGUACGUCUACAAACCCAACCCAAGUCUCACUUUUCUGGACCGCUACAAUGCCUUCUUCAAACGGUGCGCCAAGAGGGAGUAGCUGGGCUCUACAAAGGUGCUACACCUCCUCUAAUAGGCUGGGUCUUUAUGGAUAGCGUUACUUUAGGAUCACUAUCGUUCUAUCGAAGAUUUCUUCAACGCACAUUGUUUGCUGUUCCAUCGACAUCUACCGGAGCAUUAGCAACGAAAGAUUAUUAUUCUUCAUCCCAGCCCAAUUUACCGCCCCUCGGUCACGCUAUUUCCGGUUUUCUAGCCGGAGCUACAGUAUCUACCAUAGCUUCACCAAUUGAACACAUCAAAGCGCGUCUUCAGGUCCAAUUCUCUAGCACCAAACGUUUAUAUAACGGGCCAGUAGACUGUGCAACCAAGAUUUAUACUCAUCAUGGUAUUCGAGGGAUUUAUCAUGGUUUUGUUGCAACUCUCAUAUUUCGCUCUGCAUUCUUCUUUUGGUGGGGAAGCUAUGAUAUGAUAUCUACUGAGCUGAAAUCUCAUACAGCUCUGAGCACUUCAAUGAUUAAUUUCUGGGCCGGCGGACUCUCAGCGCAGAUAUUUUGGUGCAUUAGCUACCCCAGCGACGUAAUCAAGCAGCGAAUCAUGACAGACGCUCUCGGGGCUGGACUAGGCGAUGGGAACCCCAAAUGGAAGGGUUGGGGUGAUGGGUGGUGGAGUGCUGCACGAGGUGUUUGGAAAGAAGCUGGAUGGAGGGGAUAUUGGCGUGGAUUCUUGCCGUGUUUCAUGAGAGCUUUUCCCGCUAAUGCUGUAGCUAUGGCAACAUUUGAAGGGGUGCUUCGAAGCCUACCGUAA